AUGCACUAUUUUGCUUUCCAUGUCUGUUGUUUGGAGGCAAUUCAGUAUGGUCCAAAAGAUGGUUUUGCAUGCAUAAAGAACUUGAAAGAAAAAACAGAGAAACACGAGAAUUCCAGGAAACAUAUAGAUAAUGUCAUUUCUCUAUCUGUUCUUGGGAGUGUAAGUAUUAAAGAAAGACUUAGUGAGGCAUACAGACUUUCAGUGAAUGCACAUAAUAAGAAGGUUACCAAGAAUCGUGAAAUUUCGUCCAAAAUUAUAGACUGCAUAAAAUUUUGUGGACAUUUUGAGCUACCUUUGGUUGGACAUGAUGAAACUGAUGACUCUGCUAAUCCAGGUGUAUUUAAAGGACUGAUAAAUCAUGCAUCACAAAUAGAUCCAGACUUGCGGGCCCAUUUAGAAAGUAAUGCAGCCUUCAAAGGUGUCUCCAAGACUAUUCAGAAUGAAAUUCUCGACUGUCUGCUGCAAAUAUAUCGUGAUCAGAUCAGAAUAAACACUAAAGAAGCUCCCUUUGUUGCUGUUAUGGCAGACGACACUACAGACGUUUCAGAACACACUCAAAUGGUUAUUGUUCUAAGAUACUUGGUAGGUGAAGAGGUUGUUGAGAGAUUUUGGGAAUUUUUCACUCCAGAAAAUCAAACAGCAGAUGGGUUAUCGAAAUGCAUCCUCGAUCAGUUAAACACAGUCCUUGAAGGGAAUGCAGAGAAACUGAUUGCUCAAACAUUCGAUGGUGCAAGUGUUAUGAAAGGUAAGAAGGGUGGGGUUCAGGCUAAAAUCAAAUCAGUGUACAAUAACGCCCACUUCAUUCACUGUUAUGCCCACCAACUUAAACUUAUUAUGCAAAAUGCUGCAAGUGUUACACGGGGUUCACAAAUAUUUUUCUCUAACCUUUCGGGCAUAGCAGCAUUUUUUUCAAGGUCGCCUCUACGUUUAAAUGUUCUCACAAAGCACAUGACUAGCCGCAUUCCACGCCCAUCUUCUACAAGGCGGAAAUUUCAUAGUCGCACUGUCAACAAGGUUUAUGAACAUUUUGAACCCUCAAAAAAUGCAUGGAGGAAAUACAGAGUACAUCAAAUGCUACUAUAA